CCACCGUCUCAGCUGAGGGCAAGAAUUUACAACAAAUGGGUGCCAUUAAUAUCGCGACGGCAUCUACUUCGCAAUGGCUCUUUCCUGUGUCGGCGUUACAUCACACGCCCAGCCGGAUGACAUCCGAUAUACCGCUCGAAAGGGAGCUGUACGAUCGCAGCAGAGGGGUAGAGUUCCUGUAUCGACUAGGAGUCUCUCUUGGAUUGCCGUCUUCCGCGAUGUUUACCGCUGCGACAUGGUUCCAUCGCUUCUACAUGCGAUAUUCUAUGGAAGACUAUCACAGACAGGAUGUCGCGGCAGCAUGUAUCUUCCUGGCGACCAAGACGGAAGAGUGCGGUCGUAAGUUGCGGGAUGUCGCCAAAGUAUUCUGCUCCAAGGUGUCCAAGAAAGAUCUCAGUCAAAUUCCCGAUGAUAGCAAGGAAGUCGAGGAAUGCCAGACAAGCAUCUUGCUCACCGAAGAGGUCCUCCUGGAGGGCCUCUGCUUCGACUUCGUUGUCGAUAAUCCUCAUGCGGAGCUUGUCGAUCUAUACGAGGCGCAUCCUAACAACAAUCCGCUGAUCGAGCAGUGUGCAUGGUCGAUUGCCAAUGACUCAUACCGAACACCGUUAUGUAUCCUUUAUCCUCCGAAAGUUAUCGCAGCCGCAUGUUACGUCCUGGCCGAACACGCCAUUGAAGGGCCCCGAGACUCGCCGCUGGAUGCCCGCCUCGCAUCGCCGGCACCUUCCGCAUCUCUGCCAACCCCGCCGUCCCACAGAGCCCAACCCGCGGGCUUCUCGCGCCAUGCCGUCGAGUUCUUCGGGUUCAACGAGAUGGGGCUUGCUAACGUAGCUGACGCGCUGAGCAUCUUGCUCGAAUAUUACGGCGCCCAAGAUCUGCAGGGAUCCAGCGAAUUCCUCGCCGGAUUGGCGUCCAUCCCACCGCCACAGAGCUCGUCCCACCGGGCGAAACUCUACAAGCCAUUCGCCCAGGUCGCCGCGGGGACCCUCCACCCCGUUGCGAACAACUCCACACCAGAGCACGCCAUCAGUCAGUCAGGGACACCUACCCAGCCCGGAGGGAGUACUCCGGGGAAAUUUGCGUCGGGCGGAUGGAAGCCGGUGACGGAGGGUGCGCCAGAAGGGCAGUAACGCGCCGAACCCUCGUCUACCUUCCCUUGGCCACGUCUGAUGAUCGCAAGUACCGCGCCAGAAUCGUGGACCGUGAACCUUCGGCGCAUAUCAUCCAUCGUGACUCGUAUGAUCGGGGAGUGGUGACACCCUUGUGGUGUGGCCACAGUCGUGCAUCGGUCGUAUCGUCGAAAUCGCCUGAAUAAGCUCUCUCGUAUCUCAUCCCCGCUGAUCGUUUUUGCUAUCGUGCUGAAGGAAGCUGUAUUAUACGCACCUACUGUACAGUACUCGAAUCUGCCUUGAUCAAACAUGCG